AUGGCGGCGCCGGGCUGGGAGCGGGCGCUGCGGCUCGUGCUGUGCGCGCUGGGGCUGGCGCUCUCUGUGUACGCGCUGCACGUGGAGAGCUCGCGGGAGCGGGACCCCGGAGCUCGCAUCCCCAGCGCUGGCUCCUUCCGCUGCUCCGAAACGGGGCUUGGCUUUGAGGUGAGCGCAGCAGUGACCGUCGAGUACGAAUACGGCUCCUGGACGGAGAGUCUGAGCCCAUCUGCCAGCUGCUGGCAGGGCCCAGGGCACAAUCUUAGAGAGUUGAGUGGCAGGGUGAGUGCCCUGGACGUGUGUUGGGAGGGUACUGUGGUGGAUCUGAAGAGGAGGGUGUUAGAAAAAAACAUUUUCAACCACGAUGUUGAUAGGUUUAGACUGAUAUUCACAGGCAAACAGCUGGAAGUUGCCAGGAGUCUGCGGCACCAAGGGCUGACCAAUCACUGCACUGUCAUCCUGGUUCCUCGCUGUAAGUGCGGGGCGAUGAUGGGAGGGUCAGCAGGGAGGGGAGUGCGGGAGAUGCGACUGGAUGGGGUGGCCAGGAGAGCGCUGAGAGCAGGACUGGGACAGUGGGGAAAAGGUGGGAGAGGGAUACUUCUCCGCAGGGGGUUGAGGGUCCUGAUCUCAUUCUCCGAUGUUUGUUUUGCAGUGUGCGGUGGUGGUGAUAUAAGCUCCCUUCCUCCAGUCUUUCACUUUCCUGCUGUAACUGGACAAGGCAGAGAGGAAGCCCAGCCACCCCAUUCGUCAUCUCCAGACAAAGCAGAACCUGAGGAACAAACACGAGAAGCAAGAAGAGCAGUGGCUGCGUGUAGAUACUCUGCCGUGUUAAAGGGAAAAUGCAAGAGGUGUGUCGGAGAGGUAAGGGGCUGUUUUCUCACAGUCAAAGACAUGUCAGCUAGUUUAACAGUUCCCACUGGAGGACAGAAAGGAAAUGUCACAAUAAUGGAGGUCAGGAGAACAGGAAUUGCCAACCUGGAUCAGACCUGAGUGAGCCUGUCUCUGAGCAUGGCCACUGCCAGGUGCUCCGGAGGAAGGAGGCAGAACCCCACAGGAGGCAGUUGUGGGGUAA